ACUUGAUUAUCCAGCCCACCCGAAUCUUAAACCCUAGGUCCGAAAUAGAAUUGCUGAUUAUUACCGAGCAUGAUACACAUAUAAUGAAGACCGACUACAUUAGGAAACCUAGCAGCCGGCCUCAUUCUUCCUGAGAAAGUAGCACCGAAGCUUGCAUCUUUCGUGCAACCAGCAAUGGCUGACGUAGAACACGAUGUAGCGGCAGGGCAGCCAAAGAAGAGAACGUUCAAGAAGUUCAGCUUCAGAGGUGUGGAUCUUGAUGCCCUCCUUGAUAUGUCUACUGAUGAUCUCGUCAAGCUCUUCAGUGCCCGUGCCCGCAGAAAGCUUGGGAGAGGUUUGAAAAGAAAGCCUUUGGCUUUGAUUAAGAAGCUUCGCAAAGCGAAACUAGAGGCCCCACAAGGGGAGAAGCCGGAUCCAGUGAAAACUCAUUUGAGGAACAUGAUUAUUGUUCCAGAGAUGAUUGGUAGUGUUAUUGGAGUUUAUAAUGGGAAAACCUUUAACCAGAUUGAAGUGAAGCCGGAGAUGAUAGGGCACUACUUGGCUGAGUUCUCCAUUUCAUACAAGCCUGUCAAGCAUGGUAGGCCCGGUAUUGGUGCUACUCACUCAUCAAGGUUCAUCCCGCUGAAGUGAUGCAACUCAUUUCAGAGUUCUGCUUUUUGGGGAAACAUCAGAUCUAUUUUAAUUAAUAUUUCUAUUUCUCUCAACACAUGUAAUAGUGAAACUAGUUUUCAUUUGAGCUUACAGACAGUUGAUGGCGGAGUGAUUGUACUUGGUCUGUUUUUACAAAUGGGAAGCUCUUGAUAGCUUUAUGAUUUUGG